AUGUCGGCACACAGAAAUAGCGCGGGUUGCCUCAGUGGAGUGUCUUCCCCACGCCCCGCGCUUGAUAUAAGACUCAGCUUCAGGGCAUGGAACAAUAGAAACACCCGACUGCAUCACUCGAAGAGAGCCCUUCCUGAGUCGGAGGAGAAUAUAUCGAGCGGGAGGCGAUCGAGAGUGAGGUCUUUUCAAUCUCGGUACUUGUAUGGUUUAUAUUAUAUCAAUGUUUCAUCGUCCAUCGAGCUUCGAGGUCACUUGGACCUUGGUUCAGACUCCCGAACGCGCCAACGCAGACGACAGCGCAUCUUCCUCUCACUCUUCAUCCGACGAACAAGACGUGGAACAGAACGAAGCCCUCGGACUGAGUGGCGCUUGCUCAUCAACAGCGGUGAGAUCGAAGCGAACUCCAUUACGGUGAAGAAAGAAAGGGUGUUGGCGAUAUCGCGUGAUAGUGUGCAGAGUAUGGUGAGAGAUCCUGCGGUGAAGCGGCGAGGAAACCUGAUGUGGACAAGGGCUGGACGGUUAGUGGAUCCGUACGAGGAACUGUGGGUGAAGGAGAGCAAAAUCAUCGAUAGGGGUAUGCUGGACAAGCACUAUACGGAGGACUACUCAGACUGGCGGUGUACGGUGAGAGACGAGUCGACCGUAUCGGCACCCAACACCCAACACGCGACCGCAGACUCGCUUGCAGACAAAGGGUUUCCAUAUUGGGAUAAAGAAUGGCGGCAACAGCGUGGGCGCCCGGGCACUUGGGGGUCUCGCUGA